CGUCUUACAACUCACUGGACAGCUUUUAUUCCACUGUGGACACGUUGGUCUUUUACUUGGAUGACCUGAUUUUGCUUAGUGAUCUGUUCUGCAAACCGGGUGUACAGGGUGUUCUCCAGACAUCUCUUCACGUGUUCGUGGAUAAUUUACAUUUUGGAUUUUAUUUACUAAACUGCAGCAUGGAGUUGGACUGUUACCAGCACUAUUUCCUUGACGAUUUGGACACAGAGGAGGAUUUUUAUAAGUCAACCGCACCGAGCGAGGACAUAUGGAAAAAGUUCGAGCUAUUGCCUACUCCUCCCAUGUCUCCCACGCGGACAUUCAGCGGGGCUGCCCUGCACUUUCCCCUAGGGGACAAACUCAGUUGGUCUUCUAAGUUUCUUGGCCACGAAGAUGAGUGCCUUCCAAGCAGCAGACCUGAGCUGUGCGCAAACCUCAGCUCCAUCAUUAUCAGGGACUGUAUGUGGAGCAGCUUCUCCGCCAGCAAGCAGCUGGAGAAGGUCAGCGGUAAAGCGGCAGUGGCUGCGGUGAACACUAGUGUCUGUCCACUACCACUGAGAGCGGCCAAAGCGCAGUGCGUCUCCGCCGCGACAGACUGCGUCGACCCCGCGGCUGUCCUCGCCAUCCCAGCUACGAACAGCUGCAGAAAGCCCGCGUCGUCUGGCUCCGAGUCUCGCUCUGAGUCCUCUGAUGAGGAGGAUGAGGAGGAAAUUGAUGUAGUCACUGUGGAGAAGAGUAAGAGGAUGCAGCUGAUGAAUGUUCGUAAGCCAGUGACCAUCAGAGUGAGAGCGGAUCCCUGUCCCAAACGCUUCCACGUGUUAGUUCACAGACAGCAGCACAACUACGCUGCCCGCUCCCCGGACAGUGAGCCUGAACCGGAGGAGGAGGAUGAGGAAGAAGAGGAGGAGGAUGAUGAAGAGCCACAGUGCAAGAGGAGCUGCGCUGGCUCUGACACCUCCCUCACCUCUGACACAGAGGACACAGACCGCCGCAAGAACCACAACUUCUUAGAGAGGAAGAGAAGGAAUGAUUUGCGCUCUCGCUUCCUGGCUCUGAGAGACCAGAUUCCCGGUCUGGAGGCAUCCAAAACCCCUAAAGUGGCCAUCCUGACCCAUGCCACAGAGUACCUGGAUGAGCUGCACCACCAGGAGAGGCGGCAGCUGCAAGAGAAGAAACGCCUGAAAGGCCGACAGCAGCAACUGAUGAGGAAGCUGUCUGAGCUUAAGAGGUCCUGAGACCCGCCUCUUUAACUCAUAUGUGACUGACCAUGCAACAGGCCUCAUGUACAUAGUUUUGAAUACAGAGAAUGUUUCUUUGCUCUUCUGAUUUAUGACCCUGAUGGUGAAGAUCAGUAAGAUCUGUGUGCUGUGAGAUAAAACUAUUGUUUGCACAUGUUUAAAACAGUGGUUGAUGAACUUUGAUCCCUUUUAAACAACAGUAAUUGAGGUACUUCCGGGUAUGCUGAGGGGAAAUGACCUGUUAAUAGUUAACAUUGACGUCAGAGUUUAUGGUUGUAAGUCUCAUCUUUGCACACUUUAAUUCAAGUAUAAAUGCCUUCAUGUGUACAUAUGUAUGAUGAUUCAGUAUUGUACAUAAUGUUGUAAAUAAUAGCAUAUUUCAUCAGGCAGAACUCCAGAUUUAGCUCUGCUCCUCUGUAUAUUGUGUAAUAUGGAGCAUAUAUUUUGUUAAGAAAAUGGGAAAAUGGAUAAAAAUGUAGCACUGCUGUACUUUAUAUCCACAUGUCACUUUCUGAUUUCAAAGCUUCUCUUUGUUUUAAAGCAUGCGAAUAUGAUAAAGUUUUAUACAUCCUUUGUA